AUGGCCGAACGACCCAUCUUGCUGAUCUCCAAGGCACGUGUGGCUUCCAUUAGGAAAGCGACGCUACCACGCCUGGAGCUUUUGGGCGCACUGGUUGGCGCUAAACUGCUGACAUACGUGAGCAGUGCACUCAACGACAUUCAUAUUGAGUACACUAUGUGGACCGACUCCACGAUUGUACUGUCAUGGAUACGAGGAGACUGCACGAGGUGGAAGCAAUUCAUUGCUAAUCGUAUCACGGACAUCAAGUGCAGAACAAAACCAUCCCGAUGGAGAUAUUGCCCAGGAUUGGAGAAUCCGUCUGAUUUACUAACGAGAGGUGUGACGUUAGACAAAGUUAGAUCCAGCUCAGUGUGGUGGCAUGGUCCUGACUGGCUGCACGGUUCAGUGGAGAAGUGGCCUCUCCAACCUCUCAUUUCACCGGACAUGGAUGAAGCUGCCAGAAGCGAGAUAGCAGCUGUUCAAGUAGUGACGGCAACGGAGAGACUUAUUCCAAUUAUAAACAUUGAGCGUUUCAGCAAGCUUCAGCACUUGCUGCGAAUCACAGCUUGGGUGUUUCGAUUUACAGACCGCUGCCGACACAAAACAGAAGAAACUAGCCACCUGACUGCGACAGAAGUCCUGCGGUCCGAGCACUACUCGGUUAAACACGUCCAAAACCAAGAAUUUCAUGCAGAAGUGAACUGCCUAACACGCGGACGGACGCUGGAACCCAUGUCCUGCAUUGCUAACCUUCGCCCGUUUAUAGAUGCUGACGUAAUUCUCAGAGUCGGUGGACGCUUGUCGCUCCUGAAGUCACCGCUAACAGUCAAGCAUCCAAUACUUCUCCCAGCAAAGCAUCAUUACUCCGCUCUGGUUGUCAUCAGAGCACAUCAGCAAGUCCUACACAACGGUGCACGAGAGACGUUCACCCAGCUCAGAGAGCACUACUGGAUUUGUCGCGGGCGUGUCUUGGUGAAAAAAGUUAUACGCAGUUGCAACGUGUGCAAACGAUUCGCCGCCAGACCAGGAAGUGCUCCAACAGCGCCUUUACCAAGUCACCGGAUAGAGCCAACAAACCCUUUCGAGGUUGUUGGUGUAGAUUUCGCAGGCCCGCUCUUAGCACGCACGCAAGACGGCGACGCAAAAUGCAACGUAGCACUUUUCACCUGUGCUGUUUCGCGAGCAAUUCACCUUGAGCUCGUCUCCAACAUAACAGCUGAAACAUUCAUAUUAUGCUUGCGACGGUUUGUCAGCCGGAGGGGACUGCCCCGCGUUAUCUAUUCGGACAACGCGAGGACCUUUCAAAAGACGUCAGCGGAUUUAAAGCGCCUAUGUCACAUCUUCAAAGAAGAGGACGUCGCGAACCAUCUCACCGUCAACGGCAUUACCUGGAAGUUUAUAGUGCCCAAUGCACCAUGGUGGGGUGGAUGGUGGGAGCGACUGAUAAGAUCGGUGAAGACUUCGCUGCGUAAGAUUCUCGGGAGAGCAUGCCUCAACUUUGAAGAAAUUAUGACAGUGCUGACAGAAGUCGAAGCAGUAAUCAACUCUAAGCCUCUAACCUUUGUCCAGACAGACGAAACGGAACCGUGCACUUUGACUCCAGCCGAUCUACUGCUUGGACGUCGACUAACUGCUAUGCCAUAUGACACGGUCGACGUUGACGCCAACUCGAGACGAUCGGAUGUCAUUCGUCGACAUGCCUACAGAAGGCUUCUAACCGAGAAUUUUUGGAAGCGAUGA